UCACGUAGCAUGCUGAGUUAUGUAACCAAAUGCUUCAUAGGGGUUUAAAACUACCAGUGCAGAGAAGAGAAAGCACUAAAUGAAGUGCCCGUGGAGGACAACAAUGAAUUAGGUCAUCAAUUAAAUUUUUCAUCUCUUGAGUCUGUUCAAGCCCAGCAGCAUCAGAUGCAGUAUAAGUCUGAGAAUUCAGAAUCUUAAAAUGAGAAAGUAAUGGAUGAAGAGCCCAUUAUGAAACAGAUAUACAAGGAGUUGUAUUGCUUUUCACCCUUUUUUUCCUUUUCGAAUGCAGCAGAAGGACUUCUGUUGGCCAAAGUGAUUGUGCACCCACCUCAGGUUUAUCAGCCUCCUUGCAUAUCAAGCUGAACAUGAGUCAUUUGCCAAAAGAAAACUAUUUCAUACCAGGGUGGAUAAUGCAGCAUGAAUGAAAGAUAUUUCACAAAGUCUUGUGUAACUCAGAAAGAAGCAAAGUGAUUUUAUUUAUUAUAGGAUUAAAUCAGACCACAAGAAGAGUCUCGUCUUAACUCUUCUCUCCCCUUCCACAUUGUAGGAUUUGUAUAAUCAAAAUUUAAACAGCUGUACAUGGGCAUAGCUGCCUUCCUAUCACUGGAGGUUAGCUGACUCAUAGCAGCAGAAAGUAAAACCCUUGUGCUUUAUAGCAGGUUUGCUAGUUUUCAGUGAUUUCCCCUUGGUUUCAGUGGCUUGAGUUGUUUUUCAGGACACCAUUCCACUAUUUGAUAGCCUAAUAUAUACUGAUGAGAGGGCAACAACAACAUUCUAUUACCUGCCUUCUCUUCCUUCACUUUUCAUCUAUUGUUCCCUUGUUCAAACUUUUUAUCAGCGUUUGAAGAGGGAAGAGAAGAAAUUGUUUGUCAUACUCUCAGCCUGUUAUCAUUGAGAUGCAGAACAGGGAGAAAAAAGGUUUGUUUCUGGCUUAUGAUUAAAAAUAAGCUAGAUGUAUGGUAAUUUCUGUCACCUUCAUUUAACAGAAUGCUCUGUUUGUGUUCCUGCCUAUCUGUCACCGGGAUGCUUGCUGCAGUUUGGGUUGAUGCAGACUAGGUGGAGUAAAUCUGAGCCGGUGGGAUGAGCAGUGCAAGGCUGAGGAAAGAUGCAUGAAAACAGACCACAGAUGGGCAAGAUAAACAGGAUCCCUGGGCUGUGACUGAGGAGUGUGCCGAUCUCUGGAUAUCCAUCCUUGCUUCUCUGCUGAGGAAGACUCUGACUGCGUCUUUAAUCGGAUUGCGUGAGCUCCCAUGCACAACCUUCUUCUUAUUAGCAAGUAUUAGAGAUGGCUAACAGAGGACCAAGCUAUGGCUUAAGCCGAGAAGUUCAGGAAAAGAUUGAACAGAAAUACGACCCGGAAUUAGAGUCUAGGCUGGUGAACUGGAUUAUUGUACAGUGUGGAGAACAGAUAGAGCACCCUCCUCCUGGAAGGCAACAUUUUCAGACCUGGUUGAUGGAUGGAACGCUGUUAUGCAAGUUAAUAAACAGUUUGCAUCCAAAGGGAAAUGAGCCUAUUGCAAAGAUCUCUGAAUCAAAAAUGGCCUUCAAGCAGAUGGAACAAAUAUCUCAGUUCUUAAAAGCUGCUGAAAUCUACGGAGUAAGAACAACAGAUAUUUUCCAGACAGUGGAUUUAUGGGAAGGGAAGGACAUGGCAGCAGUGCAGAGAACCUUAAUGGCUUUGGGCAGUUUGGCAGUCACCAAGGAUGACGGCUGCUACAAAGGAGACCCAUCCUGGUUCCACAGGAAAGCACAGCAGAACCGACGAGGAUUUUCAGAAGAGCAGCUUCGGCAGGGACAGAACGUAAUAGGCCUUCAGAUGGGCAGCAACAAAGGAGCAUCACAGUCGGGCAUGACAGGCUACGGGAUGCCGAGGCAGAUCAUCUAAAAGCACCUCUGUGGAGAAAACACUCUUUCUGCAGCAUGGUCUGUUAAGGAAAAAAAAAAAAAAGAAAAAAGAAAAAAAUGCUUAUUAGUUCCCUUUCUGCCUGGUUUUUAAUAGUUAGUGCUCUCUAAGGUUUGGGGUAUUUUUGGUUUGGUUUGUUUUCUUUGCAGCUGCAAGAGUUCGCCUAGGAACCUGGGUUUUUGUGGUGGUGUGUGUCAGUUCACAGCACGUGCGCACUGCUGCCUCCUACUUUUCACUUCUGAACUAUGCAAAGACAAUUAUUCUGUAUUAAUUUAUUUGCAAAGUGUUAUCUUCCCUAUUUGUCUCACACUGCACUUGUAUUUCAACCAGUAACCUCGUUCUUCAAUUCAGUGAUGAUAUUGUUUGACUGAAGAAUAAAGACAAAUUAAAGACA